UUAUGUUACCUAUUUCGAAACUUUUUCUUUACAAUCCCCAUUAGAGAUUGAUGACAACAAAAUGGAACUAAGUGAACGGGUUCAAAAGGUAGCCAAAAAGGAAUUGCGAGAGGAUAAGUCUGCUCGGGACCAAUGCCUCCAACAGAUGAGAGACUGGCUGUCGAAGAACGAGGAUGUAGAGGACGUACGAAUUGAUGAUGUCUUCCUGUUGAGAUUUUUACGUACCAAAAAGUUUAGUGUUCCAAUGGCUCAACAAUUGCUGUUGAAAUAUUUGAAUUUAAAGAAAAAUCUUCCAAAAAUGGCUUCCGAAUUGGACUUUUUAAGUUCGCCGAUGAAGGAGGUGUUCGAAAACGGUUAUCUAUUUGUAUCACCAAUAAGGGAUCAAUACGGUCGGAGGGUUAUCAUAUCACGAACUGCCAAAUUCGACCCACACAUCUGGAACAUCUCUAUUGGUGCCAAAGCUCAUUUCAUAGCAUUCGAAACAUUGCUUGAAGAUCCCGAAAACCAGGUAAUGGGAUUUUCUCAUGUUUGGGACUGGCAAGGUGUAUCCACAGCCCAUUUAUCAAUUUGGCGUCCAAUUGAUUUUGAAAUUUUCAAACAUGGAGAACAGUCUUGGCCCGUUAGACAUAAAGCAAUUCAUCUAAUUAAUGUUCCAUCGGCAGUCAAAUGGGCUUUGGACAUAGGUCGUCGAUUAUUGAGCAAUAAGAUAAAUGAUCGACUCACCCUAUACAGUAGUUGGAGCGAAUAUAAUAAAAAAUGUGACGCGUCGUAUCUACCGAAAGAAUUGGGCGGUACAAUUCCUAUGGCUGAAAUGAUUCAAUGGUGGAUACAAGAGAUGGCUGCUAAACGGGACAUCGUUGUUCAAUUGGACAAAAUGAAAUUGUUGAGCGAUCGUGGCAUAACAAAGAAACACGAUUACAAUCUGAGCCCACUACAUGCUGAGAUAAGAGCACAUAUGGAUUCGGUGGCCGGAAGUUUUCGAAAAUUAGAGGUCGACUGAACAAUUUAACUUGUAAUGAA